AUGAAUAACGAUUUAUGCCUCUUGAUUAGACAAGUAAGAAUGCCAAAGAGAAUACAAAUACCAAAGCAAAAAAAAUAACCUGUAUUUCACAAAACUUCUUAUACUAUCCCUGACAAAUUUUAUAGUGACAAAGAAAUCAUGGAAUUGUAGUCAUUCAAACUAUUUAGAUAUUUUAAGAAAUUUAUAAAAGUAGAUGUUGAUGAGUCCAUAGCCUUAGAGAUUAUAUAAUAAGAUGACUUUAUUAAUUGUAAUAUCAAUAUCAAAUUAGGGACGUCAAAUACAAAUUAAUGA